AAACUACACACCCAACCAAAGCCCGAGCCAAACCACCAAAGAUCCCACCAAUCCUCCGUUCCACUCCUCCGCGAAACCGACAACCAAGCAAGAAGCAGCUCACCGUCCGAGAUGGCACCGGCGGCACCACCUUCAGGAGGCACGGGCAGCGCGUGGCCGGCGGCGACCAGCCGGUUCGCGGCGGCGUGUGGCGCGCUCAGCCACUACGUGAAGGCGGCCGAAGCCGAAAGGGCGCAGGCGGCGCCGGCCGUGCCCGUGAGGCGGCCGCUCCCGCUCAUGCCGGGCGCCGACGUCGACGCCCGGGAUCCCGGCGCCGAAGCGGCUCCCGCGCAGAUGACCAUCGUGUACGGCGACCAGGUGCUGGUGCUCGACGGCGUCCCCGCGGAAAAGGCGGCGGGCCUGCUGCGCCUCGCCACCGCCGCGGCGCGGGGAGGACCCGCGGCCGCCGACCUGCCGGUGGCGAGGAAGGCGUCGCUGCAGCGGUUCAUGGAGAAGCGCAGGGGCCGGGCCGCGGCCCGCGGGGCGCCGUACCGCCGCCCGGACGCGUGCCCGGCACCUGAUGACCAACAAUAUCUCAAGCUCGCGCUCUGACUGAUUCCUCUGUUUCGUGCCUGCAUGCUGGUAGAGUAGGAAGAGUACGUCGAAUGUACAUUUGUUGCGCAUGUAUGUUGUUCUUGAUGAAGAAAACAAAAGGCUUGGAUUUCCAUAA